AUGGCGGACUUCCACGAUAGCGAUCGGCCUGUCAAGAAGCGGAGAUUGAGUAGCGACGGCGAGGAUGCGGAAGAAGUGCCAUCUAGGGCCAUCACGUUCCAAGACGACGGCCUGUCCAGAAUCAAGAAAUCAAAGGCUCCCAAAGUGCAACCGGUUGCUUCGUCUUCGACUGAAGAACCGGUUGAUGCCAUCACGCUAUCGACCGAUCUGAACGAAAAGUUGACCUUCAAAGACCUUGGAGUAUCACCAUGGUUGAUCCACGCACUCAAAAACCUGUCCAUCACAAACCCGACACGUAUUCAAAAGUCUACCAUACCCGAAAUUCUCGCAGGUAAAGACUGCAUAGGAGGGAGUCGCACUGGAUCUGGAAAGACAAUUGCAUUUGCGUUGCCAAUUCUCCAACAGUGGGCGAAAGAACCGUCGGGAAUUUACGCUCUCAUCCUGACACCAACCCGAGAAUUGGCACUCCAAAUUUAUGAGCAGAUCCAAGCCAUUGGAGGGAAUCAAGGCAUCAAAUCAGUUCUUGUGACAGGCGGAGCUGAGAUGCGAAAACAGGCCAUCGAGCUGGAAAAGAAACCACAUAUUGUGAUUGCCACGCCUGGCAGGCUGGCGGAUCAUGUGCUGAACAGUGGAGAAGACACUAUUCGCGGACUGAAAAAAGUCAAGUUUGUGGUGUUCGACGAAGCAGAUCGCUUGCUACAAAGUGGAAAAGGCAGCAUGCUGGGAGAUGUGGAACGGUGUCUAGACGCAGUGCCCAGCGCAGCAAAGAGACAGACCUUACUCUUCACCGCCACAGUCACACCUGAAGUGCGAGCUUUGAAGGAAAGUCCUCGAGAGAAUGGCCGUCCACCACCCUUCGUCUCAGAAGUAGACAUUGACUCUCUUGCCAUACCUUCAACCCUAACCCAAACCUAUCAACUCGUGAAUGUCCUGCAUAAAGAAAAGUACCUGCACAUUCUCCUCAGCACUCCCGCCAAUAUUCAAAAGACAACCAUCAUCUUCACAAACCGCACCACAACCGCAAACCUCCUAGAAUACAUGCUCCGCUCUCUCGAGCACCGCAUCACAGCUCUCCACUCCGCUCUCACCCAUGAAGACCGCGUCAACAACCUCGCCCGCUUUCGCGCUGGCGCCGCACGGAUCCUCGUUGCCACAGACGUAGCGGGUCGCGGUCUUGAUAUUCCGGAUGUGGGACUCGUGAUCAAUUAUGACCUACCUCGUAACCCGGAUGAUUACAUUCAUCGUGUGGGACGUACGGCACGUGCGGGACGGGUCGGCGUGGCGAUUAGUCUCGUGGGACAGAGGGAUGUGGACCUUGUGAAAGCGAUCGAAGCACGUGUGGGCAAGGCUAUGGUGGCGUAUGAGGAGACUGGAGUGAACGUCGAGACGCGGGUCAUUCGAGAGGCGUUGAAUGUUGUGGGCGAUAAGAAGAGGGAGGCCAUGUUGAAUAUCGAGGAGGGAAGAGAUGUGAAGGGGAAGAGGAGAAGGGGUUUGGCGAAGGCUUUGAGGAGGGGGAAGGCGUAG